UUUCCAAAAACGCUCGUGGAGAGAUAUCUUUCUUCUUCUUCUUCUCUACCGAAACGCGUGAAGAGGAGUGAGUUUCUGCGGAUCUGAAUCGAAGCAAGGUAGCAAUCAUGGGUUGGAUCGGAGAAACAGUAGACUCGAUCAAAUCAAUCAAGAUCCGUCAGCUUCUCACCCAGGCCAUCACGCUCGGUAUGAUCGUGACGUCUGCAUUGAUAAUAUGGAAGUGUUUGAUGUGUGUGACUGGCACUGAGUCUCCAGUGGUCGUUGUUCUCUCGGGAAGCAUGGAACCUGGCUUUAAGAGAGGGGAUAUAUUGUUCUUGCACAUGACCAAGGAGCCUAUUCGAGCAGGCGAGAUUGUUGUUUUCAAUGUUGAUGGUCGUGACAUUCCCAUCGUCCAUCGUGCCAUCAAAGUUCAUGAGAGGGAAAACACUGGACAUGUUGAUGUUCUAACAAAAGGUGACAACAAUGACGUGGAUGACAUUGGUCUCUAUGCUGAUGGACAGUUUUGGCUUCAUAGGCACCAUAUAAUGGGCAGAGCUGUUGGGUUCUUGCCUUAUGUUGGAUGGGUCACUAUUAUCAUGUCAGAGAAGCCUAUCAUCAAGUAUAUACUCAUUGGUGCAUUGGGUUUGCUCGUUAUAACAUCCAAAGACUGAGACAACAUACAAAUAAGCAUGUCUGUGGUCAGGGAAGUGGCUUCUUCAACUGCAACCCUCAUCAUCAUAUUUUUUGUCAUGUCCUUAAACCUAAUAACAAAUCAGAUUUUAUAAUUUAUACAAUUUUGCCUUUUAAGUCAGCAA